AUGGCUUCUGGGAAAUAUCAAGAAUCCUCAUUUUCACGGUUCUCUAAUUGUAAAUAUCAAGUGUUCUUGAGUUUUAGAGGUGAAGACACCCGCAAAAACUUUACCGAUCACCUCUAUGGGAUUCGCACAUUUAGAGACGAUGAUGAAAUUGGGAGAGGAGAAAAUAUCAAGUCAGAGCUCCAACAGGCAAUACAACAAAAAAAAAUAUAGAUAAUUGUGUUCUCCAAAGCAUAUGCUUCAUCGCUGUGGUGCCUGGAUGAACUUGUAAUGAUCAUGGAACGUAAGAGGAAUACUGACUGCAUAAUUUUGCCGGUCUUCUAUCAUGUGGAUCCAUCUGAAGUUAGAAAUCAAACAGGGAGCUUUGCUGCAGCAUUUGUGGAUCAUGAAAAGCGCUUCAAGAAGGAGAUGGGGCAAGUGAAUGGGUGGAGGAUUGCUUUGAAGGAAGUUGCAGAUUUAGGAGGAAUGGUUUUAGGAGAUGGGUAUGAGGCAGAGCUUGUCCAAUCUAUCGUGGAGAAGGUCUCAAAGAAUCUGGAUCGUAAAAUAUUUCAUGUCCCCCUUCAUUUCAUUGGAAGAGAUCAUCUGGUAAAAUAUAUCAACUCAUGGUUGCAAGAUGGCACCCAUGGUGCUGCUAUUGCUAUACUCUAUGGGAUUGGUGGAGUUGGGAAGACAGCCAUAGCAAAGACUGUUUAUAACCAGAACUUUCAUAAAUUUGAAGGCAGGAGCUUUCUAUCAAAUGUUAGAGAAAGGUCAAAAGAAUCCAAUGGUGCAGUUUGUCUACAGAGGCAACUUCUUUCUGAUAUCCUAAACAAGACUGCUGAUGAGAUACAUGAUGUCGAUGAAGGGAUUAUAAAGAUUAAGGGUGCAUUAUGUUGCAGAAGAACUCUUAUUGUUCUCGAUGAUGUAGACAAAUGGUACCAAUUCAAUGCAAUUGGUGGCAUGCAAAAUUGGCUUUUCCAAGGAAGUAAAAUCAUUGUAACAACUAGAAAUAAGGCCCUACGUGUUAUUGGUUCCUCAUUGUCCGAAAAAAGUAGAGAAGUAUGGGAAAGUGCAUUGCAUGAAAUAGAGGUGAUUCCGAAUUUUCAAGUUCAAAAGGUUCUUGCAACAAGUUACGACUCUCUUGAUGAUGAUUAUCAGAAGAACUUAUUCCUUGAUAUUGCUUGUUUCUUGAAUGGAAAGGAUUACAAUUAUGCAGUUAGGAUACUAGAUGGACUCGGUAUAGGUGUAAGAUUUAGGAUUGACAAUCUCAUUAAUAGAUGUCUAGUAGAAAUUGUCAAAAUACAAAAUGAUAAAAAGUUAUGGAUGCAUCAACUCAUAAGAGAUAUGGGAAGGGAAAUUGCUCGUCAAGAAUCACCCAAAUGUCAAAGAAUAUGGCAUCACAUGGAAGCCUUUACAGUAUUGAAAGAAACAAGUCAUGAUGCUGAAAAAUUGUGUGGCCUUCCCCUGAAUAUUCACGUAUUUACAAAAGAUAAUAGUACAGAAGUUGUCUGUACUGAUUCAAUGGCUAGCCGCUAGCGCUGCAGGCUUAACUUCUUUCAACAAUGUCAUCUUCGUACAAAACUCUCGGAAUGGCUUUCUAAGUUUUUCUUGAGGGAACAAGUACAAAUUGGCCAAACAAGUUUCUUGAAUAUGGAUUUAGAGCAUCAUCAGGGCCGGAGGUUGCAUCAAAGUGAUAGAAUUGUUGCAAGCACAUCUUACAUUACAUCUCUUCCAUUGAAAAUUUCAGCUAAAAAAUCUGAAUUGUUAUGGCUAAGCUAUUGGAAAAUUGGGUCCAAUGAUCCUGCGUUUGAUUCCGGUGAUGAAUUCAGUGUUUCAGUGUUUACAGAUGAUCUGGUUGUUCAAAUAAAGAGGGUUGGUGUACGAAUGCUGCAUGAAGAGGAAGGAACUGAUGAUGAUAGCAGCUCAUCAAACACUAGUCAUGAUGUACAUGUAGCAGCUAAAGCAGAAAUAGCUUCUCAUAUUUUUAGAAAUUAUUAUUGCAGUGACCGUUAUGAUUUUGAUAACCAAAUUAUUAUGUGUUUUUUUGAAAAGAAAUUAAAUGUGAAAAUAAUGAUGGGUUGAGUUGAAUUUUUUUUAGAAUUGGUGUUAUAUUGAAAGCUUUU